CCGGCCCGGCCCUACUUAAGGCGGCGGCGGGCACCGGAGGGGGUUCGGUGCGAUGGCGGCUCCGCGCCGGCCGAGCGGCGGGGGGCUGCGGCGGGCCCCGCAGGACGGGCGGCUGGAGGAGAUCAACAAGGAAUUUCUCUGUGACCCCAAGUUCAGUGAUGAAGAAGAUCUGGAGGAGAAGCUGGCAGUGUUCAAAGAGAAGUACAUGGAGUUUGACCUGAACAACCAAGGAGAGAUCGACCUGAUGUCAGUCAAAAGGAUGAUGGAGAAGAUGGGAGCUCCAAAGACCCACCUGGAGCUGAAGAAGAUGAUCUCAGAGGUGACUGGAGGGGUCAGUGAGACCAUCUCGUACCAGGACUUCGUCAACGUGAUGCUGGGGAAACGCUCUGCAGUGCUCAAGCUGGUGAUGAUGUUUGAAGGCAAAGCCAAUGAAAGCAACCCAAAACCUUCUGGGCCACCUCCAGAGAGAGACAUCUCCAGCCUGCCCUGAGCAAGCCAGGCUGAGCCCCUGGCACAGUUUGCUUUGCUGGCCUGCAAGGGAGGUUUCCUGUGCUUUGUUACUCCUCACUGUGGACUGUCCCAGUUCUCAACUAACCUGCCUUAGAGGAACACCAAGGGAAGCUGGAGCCCCCCCAGCUUGUGUCUUUCUGCUGCAUCCUUAGCUGACUUCAUUUGUUAGACAGAAGCUGUAGCACUGAUUGCAAUGAGACCCAAAGCAGUGAUCCUGUGACCCUGCUCUCUCCUCUGCCUCUCCUGCACUUCCCAGGCCAGGAGCUACUUUCCUCCCUGUGCCUGUCACAACAGCUUCCUCAAGGGCCUUGCUGCCAGCCACUGAGUGUUUCUAUGGCCAAGCCCCUGACAGCAGCUUCCUGGGUGCAGCCAAACAAGUGCCUUCUCUGCUCUGCCCUGCACUUCCCCUCCUGACCUCACCAAAACACCAGCUGGGCUCCCAGCUCUGGUUGUGCUAGGUGAACAUGGGCUGGGGUGCAUGGAGAGAGCUCUGCCUGCAGGAGCUGAGUGUGGAGGUGAAUGUGGCUGCCUGCAGGGACAGCUCUGCCUGCUCCCUGGGGGCAUCCUGCAGCCAGACCUUGCUGGCUCCAACGACAUCCUCUGCAAGUGAGGAUGGUUAAAACCACCUUGGGUGGUUAAAGUCACCUUAGGGGCCCCUGUUCCUGAUAAAUCUCUACCUGGAUCCAAUGAGGUCCCUUCCAACCCUGACAACUCUCUGACUCAACUGAGCCCUGCCAGAGCAGUUUGCAGAGGAUCUGUCCUCACACAGCUGCUCUGCCCCUCUGAGUUCUGCAGCCCCCCUGGAGUGUUUCAGAGCAGUCCCCUGGGGCUGUUGAGGUUUCCCUGCUGGAGAAGCCCUCAACUCUGCCACAGGAGCAUGGCCCUGAGCAUGGAGUGUGAGCUGGGAUCCAGCUGCAGCCAGAGCUGUGCUCUCCACACUCUCACUGUGGUGAUUCUUGCUCCACACACCCUUUCUGGAACCCAGAUGUUUGCUCUUUGCCCUUGCCCUGCUCUUUUUCUUUAAUCUUCUUGACAGCUUUUAACUUUUUUU